AUGGAGGACCUGGGGAGUUCAGACGGUCCACCGCGGAACUGGAAGGGCAUAGGAAUUGCCAUGGUGGUGAUCCUGGCUGUUAUGUCUCUGGUUAUUCUCUCCGUCGUCCUCCUCACACCUGAUGAAUCUCACUUGUUACUCCGUUCCCAUCUCACUAUGGAGGAUCUUGAGAGUGAAGAGUUCAAGGUUCAUGACCCCUGUGUGGCAUGGUUGAGUGAAAGCGAACUGGCCCUCCGCACCAGAGAAGGGCACGUCCUAUCGCUCAGCCUCAACAGCAAUCUAACUACGACUCUCCUGGACAACAGCUCCCUGGACCUGACGACUUCUAAAUUCCAAGUGUCUGCAGACAAGAGGUUUGUCCUCUUGGCUUAUAACAUUAGACCGGUGUUCUCUCAGUCCUUCACAGCCUCCUAUGCUAUCUACAAUGUGGCUAAUGGGGAUCUGCUGGAGCUUAGCCCCCCAGAGAGGGAGAAGGCAGUGCUACAAUAUGCUUCCUGGGGUCCGCAAGGGAACCAGCUGGCCUAUGUGUUCGACGGAGAUAUCUACUACAAACAGAGUGUGACCAGCAAACCUUUGCGUCUCACAACCACUGAUCAGGAGCAGAACAUAGUGAACGGGCUCUCUGACUGGACUUAUGAAGAGGAAGUGCUCUUGACAUACGUUGCCCACUGGUGGUCUAUGGACGGGGCUCGGCUGGCGUACCUAACCAUCAACAACUCUGCCACACCUGUGAUGGAAAUACCUCAUUUCUUAGGAGGUCUCUACCCGUCCAAUGUAAUCUUCCCCUACCCAAAGGCUGGCUCAAGUAUCCCAUCAGUCAGCCUGCUUGUGGUGAAUCUAUAUGGUCCAGCUCACACUCUGGAGAUGAUGCCUCCUGACUCCCUCAGGGCCAGAGACAGCUACAUCUCCAUGGUGACUUGGAUCAGCAGCACCCGCCUGGCGGUUCGUUGGCUGAAUCGUGUCCAGAACCAAUCAGUGCUCUGUGUGUGUGAGGCCACCACAGGGGCAUGCUCAGAGAAACAUAAAAUGACCAUGGACAUAAUGCAGAACCAACGGCAGGACGUGCCGUUGUUUUCAGCAGACGGCUCUGUGUUUUAUACAAUCCUGCCAGCAAAACAGGGCGCCCGUGGAGAAUUUCACCACAUCGCCAGUCUGUCGGCCCAGCCUGCCAUCCCCUCCGUCCCCCCUCGCUUCUUGACAUCAGGGAGCUGGGACGUCACCUUGCUCUGCACCCUAGACGAGAAGGCUGGAAAAAUCUAUUUCCUGAGCACAGAGGAAUCCAGACAGAGCAGACACCUUUACAGUGUGGUCCUGGAUGGGGUGUUUCAGCGCCGGUGCAUCUCCUGUGACCUCAUAGAUGGAUGUCGCUUCUUUAAAGCUGAAUUCAGCCCCAAUCAAACCCAUUUCACUCUCUACUGCUUAGGCCCAGGAAUCCCUAAAGUGACAGUUCACAGUACAAAGGACCCCUCCAAAUAUGUCGUCUUGGAGGAUAACAGCCCUCUAUCUAAAGCUCUGGAGGACAAGAGGCUUCCUGAGACCCUGUUCAGGACAAUCCCAGCAGACAACCAUGAUCUACACCUGAAAUUAUCUCUACCUCAGGGUUAUGAGGCCAACCUGCACCCUCUCCUCAUCAUUGUGGAUGGCGUUCCAGGCAGUCAGUCAGUGACAGAGGAAUUUGCCCUCGACUGGCCUCAGGUCCUCUCCGGCACACAUAACGUGGCCUUGGCCUGGGUGGAUGGUAGGAGUGGGGUUGGCCGUGGACAGAAGACCACCGCUGUAGAUGCACGCAAGCUUGGCUCACUUCGAGUCAAAGAUUAUCUGGGAGUUGUAGAGUUGUUGAUGCAACUGCCUUACAUUGAUGACCGUCGGAUGGUUCUCUAUGGGAAGGCAUUUGGUGGUUAUUUAACUCUCAAGAUGUUAGCUACAACAGAUAAACUGUUUCAGUGCACGGCUGCUGUGGCACCGAUAACUGACUUCAGGCUUUAUAGUGCAGCUUUCUCAGAGAGGUAUCUAGGCCUUCCAGCAAAGGAGGAGCAUGCUUACUCGACUGCCUCUUUGCUGGAGGAGGUUAAUAAGCUGAAAGAUGAGAACUUCCUUAUUCUACAUGGAACUGCAGAUGCGAGGGUGCACUUCCAGCACAGCGCUGAGCUCCUGAGCCGACUGGUGAAGGUGGAAGCCAACUACUCCCUACAGCUGUACCCAGAUGAGGGCCACAUCCUGAGAGAUCCACGCAGCAUCCAGCACUUCCAGCGGACAGUGGUGAACUACCUCCAAACCUGCUUGAAGCACAGCAUUCUCCUAGAUCCUAUAGAGGAUGACGAGGAAGAUGAUGACUGAGCCCAGAGCCCCCUGCCUUCUUCUUGAAGGACUCUCCCAGGACUGUGUGCCAUCUUAUGCAUUACGUUGAAGUUGGAUUACCAGAUAAAAGAGCACAGGAGUGGGGACCAAGCACAUCUGAUCACCUCCUACAACUUCUAGAAAAAUUGAUGUAUGGUAUACCUUGUUGCACACAAUUAUUUCUGCUGUUAUAUUGUAUGUUUGAGGCCCUGUUUGUUUACAGAACUCUCUUGAGAUGAUGUGGACUAAAAGGCUACUGAUUCUGCCAAAAGUUUACAAAGAUUUUAAAACAUGCAUGUCAUAAUGGCUGCAUGAUGUGGGUUAGUUUACAUUGCAUCUUCUUUUGCAGGUCUAAAUCUCACCCAUCAGGGUUAAAAGUGCAAAAUCUGCCAACAGCUGGGAGCACACUAAAAGACUUAAAAAAUCCUUAUUGAUGAUAUAAGAAAACUGCAUUAAAAUGCCUGAGGUUUUGCUUACAGACUUCAGAAUAAAUGAGCUCAGACUAGGGGAUCAUAUUCAGAUAAAUGCAAAUUCCUGGUCACAACAAUUUAAAGACUUGGGACAGCUCUAAACGAAGAGACUUGAAUUUUGACCUGUAAGACAACAAAUUGGCCUUACUGACCUGGACAGACUCCUCAAGAUCUUUAAGAUUUGUUAUUUUAGGUCUUUUGUACAGUGUGUUCCCAACUUACAUAAAGUUAUAUGAAGCAUAUGGAUCAUUCUAAAUGUGCCAAAUACAUUUUGUGGACUUUAUCCACUGGUUUUAUUAGCGUUAGUUGCAUUGUGUGAUUAAGAAUGAGUAUGCAACCAAGACUAUUUAUUCAAGAAUGACUGCAAGAACGUCUGUAGGUCUGUCUAUGUACUGUAUUUGGAGGAAUAGUUUCUGUUUUGAUACAUCUUGGCAUUUGAAUCAUUCCUUGUGUAUUGCAGAAUUUAAUUAUUUCUUUGGACAAACUGCUGAGCCAUUAUAUUAUCAUCCAAAAGGGUAGUGGACAGUGGGCUUGACCAUCAGACUACCAACUAAAUCAUACUGGUAAACUGCAUGCAGUUGGUUUAGAAAUUAAUGCCCUUGACUAUAAACAACUGACUACUCCUUUUUUUCAACAGAUCCUGACAAUAAAGUUUGAACUUUUUGUUUUACAGCAAAAAUCUACAUUUACUGUGUUCUACUGCUUUUGCUUAUUCAUUAGUCAUCAAGGGUAUAGUCUAACAAAGUCACUUUAAUGGAUAAUUAUGAUUAUGAAAGGAAAAUGACCUAUCAGUAAAUACUGACUUUGAUCUCUGCAAAAUCACUGCUGCAGCAUUCACAUAAAAUCCUUAUCUGCUAUUACUGUUGUAAAUGACUACAAAGAUCAUGGCCACUGAUAUUAGUUUUUUAAAAGCAGGUCUGAAAGAAAUCCAUUUAUAGUGUCUGCCAACACUUGCUGAUUGUGUCUUGUCUUCAUUUCAAUGUCCCUCAUUCAUCUUGAUAUCACAUUUUGAUAAAGUGUAAGCCUCAGCCCA